UUUACGACACUUUACGACACUACCUGUCAUCGGUUUACGGCACCGUUCAGCAGCGAUCUUCCACAUGGCCUCCGACUCCAAACCGUACUAAUUUGAUAAGUUGUCAGAAAAAUUCCUCUUCUCAAAAAUACAUUGAUUCCUGUUGAAAUGGGAAAGAGCAAAACCACCAAAUUCAAACGCCCACAAUUUAAUGCGGUGGGGUUACCAGUCAACGCAGUUAAAGAGGAGGAUGGAGACGAAAACUACGGCGACGAGAGCUGUCCUGCUGCUGAGCUGUUGGAGAAAUUACAGAGCCCCAGCGCAGAUGUGCGAGAGUUCGCAUGUGCCAGCAUUUCUCGCAUAGUGCAGCAGAGCCACACUAUACCAGGGUUCCUGCAAAGGGAUGCAGUGAGGCGCCUGGGCCCCAUGCUGUUGGACAGCAGUGUUGCUGUCAGAGAAACCGCAACAGGAGCGCUGAGGAAUCUAAGUGCCUGUGGAGGACAGGAGGUAUGUGAAGAUAUGGUGAAGCAUGACGUCAUGACUCCACUCACAGUUCUGCUGAGAGAGUGCUGUUCUGGAUUUGAGAUUUCUCUUGUGCCAAUGGAUGAUAAAAAGAGUCCAGUGGAGUGUGUCGCUAAUGAAGCUGUGAACCUGCUGUGGAAUCUGUGUGAGAGUAAUACUCAAGCUCUGUCCAUUUUUAACAAAGCUGGUCUCCUGGAUGUGGUUGUCCAAUGUUUGGAGAAAUAUCCACACAAUGUAGAACUGGCUAUAUCUGCUGCUCACUGUUUACACACUGUGACUGAGGAUAAUCCAGAGCUGCUGUGUAGUGUAAACACUUCUGUAUUUGGAGUCAUGGAAAAUGUGCUGCUGUCAUCUCAGGAGAGCAUGGCUCACUCUCUCCUCAGAGCACUAGCUGCAGGGACCUUAUGGAACAUAAAAGGUAGUCUUCCUGCUGCUCAUCAGGCCCAAAUACUCAACACUGUUGUAGCAACUUUGUCGCAGUGUUUGGAUAUAGAUGCUGGAGUCAUGAUCCCUAAGCUCAGACAGGCAGAGGAGGACCGCCACCUGAAGACAGGGGCUGGUGUGGAAAGUGAAACCUCUAGAGACUUUCCUGUGGAAGAGAUGGGUGAAGAGGAAGAAGCACCAAAUCCAAAGCUAAACGGCAAAGCUGCCAAUAUCGAUUAUGAUGUCUCAGACUUAUUGCCUAAGGAUAGAGCGGAGUUGAGGGAGGCAACAGCUUUGUUGACAGCCCAACAAACAUCUUUGGAGAUCAUUGUCAACAUGUGUUGUUCUGAUGAUCCUUCAGAUGAUGAAUGGGAGGAGUCAUCAAGCAGUGAUGAAAGUGAAUUAGGGCCAGAUGGCCUUUGUGAUGGAGUGUCCAGUCUUAUGUCUCCCUUGUGUUUAUCUGCUGAAGUUCAUGGGGCUUUGAUUAAGCAUCACAUUCCCAAAAAGGUGAUGAAAAAGACAGAGUUCCCUAAUCCUGAGGCUAUUAAUAUAUGCUACCAGGAUCCUGCAUGGAAGUGCCUAAUUAAGAGACUGGAGAGAGUACAGACACGAGCUUUGACAUGCCUUCAUAGUAUCCUUUCUACAAUGGAUGUGGAGUCUCUCGGAGGAGUAGCAUCUCUACAAGAAGCAGCACUACACCUCUCAUCACUAGUUUUUGGAGGAUCAGAAAUGCCUAAUGAUGCUGAAUUUCUUGAAGCUGUAACUAGUGCUCUGAGGUCACUAUUGCAGACUAUUGCUUCCAAAAAUAUUCCACAGUGCAUGAUACCCCAGCAACUCAUGAGUCUGAGUGAAGCAGCCAGCCACUGUGAUGUUGUCAGUGUGAGAGUCAAUGCUGUUGCCAUUCUGGGUAUAACUGGCAGUAUUUUGGCAAGGGAGGAAGGCACAGCAGAAACAAUCCAGCUUAUUGGAAAUGCCUUACUACAAAUUGCCUCCAAAGAUACUGACCUUGUUGUAAAUGGAGAAGCACUUGAUGCCUUAUUUGACGUUUUUGCGGAUGGUGAAGAGGCAGAGAUAGCUGCCAAAAACAUCCAGUUACUACCUGCCCUCAAAGCACUUCAGCCUGUAUUUAAGGCCAAGAUUCGAAAAGAGGGAAGAGGAAUGUAUGCCCCGCAGCAGCUUUGUGUGCUAGACAAUGUCAAAACCAACUUGAGAAGAUUUAUCGGUUAUUUAGAAAAGGUGGUUAAAAAAUGAUUUUUUGGUAGGCCCUAUUAGGUCAUAUGUGUUAAAUAUGUACAAAUUAGCCAAAUAUCCGAUCAGGUAUCAAAGGUAGCGAUCUGGACUAUGUUUGGUUAACAUCCAAAAGUGAAUGCCAUUUUUUAAAAAUAAAGGUCUUUAAAGGUUUGAGGAGCUACAAUUUAUUCUCUCAAGCUAGAUUAAUUCUAGUUUUUCAGACCAGUACAUUAAGGACCCACAUUGUUUUCUAGAUGGUAGCUAAAAUGUCCUGAUUUCAAAAAUGCUGUCCAGAUGACUACAUUCAAACCUUUGAUACCAUGGACGGCUCCUGGACAAAUGAAGGAUAACAUCAAGAUAUGUUAUCAGGAUAACGCAUGGAUUGUGUUAUGGUUGUGAAAUCAUCUUAUUUAUUACCAUGGCAGUAAAGCAAAUAUUGUUUUGUUGCUUUGCAUAUCUCCUAUUUACUAUCUUGCUGAUGUACUCAGUUUUGCAGAAUACUUUGUUUUUAGUUUCUUUCCCCCAUUUCUGUUUCAGAUAUCUUCUACAGAAUAUACAUAUUUGUUUGUGUGACACAAAAUUAAAGUGCAUGUGACAGGUUAGAGUGACUUGACGCAGAAACUCCGCCCACAGCCAUAGUCCAAACAAGCUGUUAAACUGAGCAGCGUCUGGUGAGGAACAACUUGAGUUGCACUUCAAACUCUGCCCCUGCAGGUGUGAUGUCAUAGCCCUCGUCUGUUGCAUUCAUUUGAUUUCAGAAACUUGGACACUUAAUCUUAUGAAUGAUUUAUCUGAAAGACUAACUUGUAAAAAAAUAUUUAAAAUAUUAACAGACUGCAAUGGGACACAUUUUUCUUUGGAGGGAAGAAUAUUGUUAGGAGUUUGUGUGUGGAGGUAGUUUUUACUUUUUUUUAAUUUAAUAUUUUAUAAUUUAGUGAUAUUGAUCAUUUAGUUCUUGCUGUCAUUUUGUUUUUCUAAUUUAUUUUUAAUUAGUAAAGUAGGUCAGUGUAAAUCCUAGAAUGGAAGUUUACAUCCCAAUGUGAUGUAAACAUUGGAACUCUGAAUUCAAAUCUUCUGCAUGGGUUACAGAAUUUAAAAUUCGACUUGAGUUGGAGGUCCAGUCUUCCUAGUUUCCGAGAUCACAUGAAUGCAGCAUAAAAAUGCAGUGGCAGAGUUUAACCAUAGUUGACAGUAUACUCUUUGUUUUUGACAGUUUUUGAUCACAAAGCUGGAAAUUAACUUGGACUAGAACAACAAAAAAUGGAACAAGUGAACUGUAGAAUGUGCUACAAAAGUGCUUUUGUCGCCAAUUAAAAAAAAAAAAAAAUCUAGUCCUUGGUGAUACCUGUAGUUAACAGUUUUACACCAAACAAUCAAGUGGUAGACUGGGAUCGAAACUGGUAGAGGGGAAGAAGAGCAUUCUAAAACAUUGUUUCCUAUACUUAUGAAAAAUUAGUAGCCUACUAACCUGUCAAAUACACUUUAACUAAAAAAUUAUGCUAAUUUUUAAUUAAACUUCAUUGUUAAAAUGAAAUGAUGAAAGAUUCAUUUUGAGUACUGGAAAUGUAUUGCAUUUGUGAUUUUUAUUUUCAUUAUUUUUACUUUACUAAUACAUUUAAAAUCAGUCUCCAGCUAGAAAGUGCUGAACUUUAGUGAUAAGAUGUGGGUUUAAGUGUAAAUGUUAUUUUACUUUCUGACUGGACAUUCACAACACUUGAAUCAGCAAAUAUGUCAGUAGUAGACAUAUAACCUGAUAAUCAAAUUACACAAGGGCCAGAGCAUGACAACAAGUUGUAACAAACUUGUUGACAAAAUGUAUUAUCCCACCAAACUAAAAUAUGAGAAUCUGUCAUAUGCACUUUUAAUUGAUGCGAAGGAGUUGCCAUAGUAAUUUCUAAUUCAAAACCAAAUAUUGUCUCACAUUUGUUAGAGAAUUUAGCACAUUUUAUACUGUAUACAAAAUGUUUGCGUUGAACUUUAAAGGGCCCUGUUAUUAAACUUAACGUUGAUCUCAACAAAAA